AUGAAGUGUUACAGGGCACGUGAGAAGGCAAUAACCUACGUUAGGGGGACUGAUGAUGAUUCAUACAUAGGACUGCCAGAGUACCUAUAUAUGCUAAAGCUAGCUAACCCCGGGACGGUUGCCGAUUUGGAGACGGAGAAAGACGAAGAAGGCGUUGAUCGUUUCCUGUAUUUGUUUUUGUCGUUCGGCGCAUCGAUCAAGGGUUUUAGGCGUCUAAGACACGUCAUUGUCCUCGACGGAAAUCACCUCAACAGUAAAUUUAUGGGAACCCUACUCACUGCUAGCGGCCAGGACGCUAACUUCCAGGUAUUCUCGCUUGCCUUUGCUGUGGUGGACAGCGAGAACAACGAAUCGUGGACAUGGUUCCUACAGAAAUUGGACAGAAUAUUGGCCGAUAGCACCUCUUUGACCAUCAUAUCUGACAGGCACCCGGCCAUAUAA